AUGGCUGCGCCGGCAGAAUGCGGCGUCCAGGUGUUCUGCCGUAUUCGGCCUAUGAACAGAAAGGAGGAGGAUUCCAAAGAAAAAUUUUUGCCGAAAUUCACCCCCGGAACUGAGGACCAGGUUUCCGUUGCCGGGAAAGUCUACCUUUUCGACAAGGUUUUCAAGCCGAAUUCAACUCAGGAGCAGGUUUACAAGGGCGCUGCUUCUCAUAUCGUCCAGGAUGUGCUUGAAGGCUAUAACGGAACGGUAUUUGCGUACGGUCAGACUUCAUCCGGAAAGACACAUACAAUGGAGGGAGUCUUCGCUGACCACGAACUCCGUGGUAUCAUCCCUCGUAUCGUCGACGAUAUCUUCACCCACAUUUAUGGGAUGGACGUGAAGCUCGAGUUCCAGAUCAAGGUCUCCUAUUUUGAAAUCUACAAUGAGAAGAUCCGUGAUUUACUGGAUGUCACAAAAGUAAACCUGGCGAUCCACGAAGACAAGAACCGUGUACCGUACGUGAAGGGAGCUACGGAGCAAGCCGUCAGUACGCCUGAGGAAAUUAUGGGCUGUAUUGAGCAGGGAAAAUCCAAUAGAAUGGUUGCCGUGACAAACAUGAACGAGCAUUCCUCCCGUUCUCAUUCCGUUUUUCUGAUUCACAUCCAACAGCGAGACACCGAAACGAACAAACAACUAUCCGGAAAACUCUACCUCGUCGAUUUGGCUGGUUCCGAAAAGGUCUCAAAGACCGGCGCCGAGGGUAGUGUCUUGGAAGAAGCAAAGAACAUCAACAAAUCGUUGACAACCCUAGGAAUGGUCAUCGCCGCCCUGGCGGAGGGAAACAAAAGCCACAUUCCCUAUCGUGACUCGAAACUGACUAGGAUUUUGCAAGAAUCGCUGGGAGGUAACUCCCGAACCACCGUGGUUAUUUGCGCUAGUCCGGCAGAAUACAACGAAGCCGAAACAAAAAGUACCCUGCAAUUCGGAGCAAGAGCAAAGACGAUCAAGAACGUUGUGGCGGUUAAUGAAGAGUUGUCAGCCGAUGAAUGGAGAAGAAGAUACGAGAAAGAGAGGGACCGCGUUGCCCGCCUCAAGGCUCAACUUGCUGCUGCCCAGCUUGAACUUGAUCGGUGGAGAAGUGGUGGCCGUGUGCCCGAAUCGGAAUGGGUCCGCUUCGACGAAGCUACGCUGAAUGCACUGGCUGGAUCUGCAAUGACAAUGAGCAGCGCCCCAUCAGAUCAAUCUAUCAUGGAGCGAUCCGUCCUUGCACCACCGCUACUCACUUCUGCCACUGGUCCCAUUACGGACGAGGAUAAAAAGAGAUACGAGGAAGAGCGUGCCAAGCUCUAUCAACAACUCGAUGAGAAGGACGACGAGAUCCAGAACUUGGCUUCGAAUAUGGAGCAGACCAAGCAACAGAUCGUUGACCUCGAAGAACAAGUCACCCUCCUUCGAGAAGAGCGCGAAACAAGCGCCAUGGAGAACCAGGCCAUGAUGCAAGCCAAUGAAAGCGCAAAGGAGGAGACCAAGGAGGUCCUGCAAGCCCUAGAAGAGCUGGCCGUCAACUUUGACACGAAGGCCCAAGAAGCGGAGGCAAAGUCGCGCGAGAAUGAACAGCUCAAUGACGACUUGCAAAAGAAGGCUAACGAGCUGCACGAGGCUUCCGCUGAACUUGACUUGCUACGCGAAACCAUCGGUGCCCAGAAGCGAAAAAUGGGCGAUUAUGUCAACAAUAUGUUGAAGGAACUGCAGGAAGUCGAUGGAGCUAUCAAGGUUGCCCCCGGCGAUGAAGACGAAAUGCUGGCCCAUAUGCGAAUCCAAAUCACCAAACUGGCCACUGAUUUCCGGACUGCCAAGCAGAAAUACGCCAAUUUGGAGAGCGGAUCAGAGGGUGUGGACCAGAAACUGAAGUCUCUGGAGAGCGAGCUCGACGAGGUUAAGCGUAAUGCCGCGCAAUCCGAGGCGAAAAGCCGCUCGCAACAAGAGACCGUCGAAAAGCUGGAAAAGGAGAAGCAAGAAUUGGAGAAACAGAUCGAUUCAUUGACUGUCCGUUUGUCUGGAGCAUCAGCUGAUGGGCCAGUCUCUGAAGAACAGACGAAACUUGUAUCCCAACUUCGCAGUGAAAUCACCGAGAAGAACAAGAAGGUCGAUGCCCUCAGCGUCUCGAUCAAAGAACUCGAAGCCGUCCAAGUCCAACUUAAUGGAGAGCUUGAAAAACUUAAAUCAGAGGAAGCGGACAAGGAAAAGAAGAUUCGCGAAUUGUCUGCAAUCUCUGACAAGCGCGAGCAGGCCAGUCAAGAUAUGCGAGGCCUCCAAGAAACUGUUGAGAAGGAGUUGACUGCUCUCCACAAUCUCAGGAAGCACUUUGUUGCUGAUAUCGCUGCUAGAAUCAAGCGAUCGGCUGGACCCGAUUCGGUUGACGAUGAGCUUGGCGGAUCGCCGGCUCAGAAGCAGAAGAUCCAGUUUUUGGAGAGCAACUUGGACAAGCUUACCAAGGUGCACAAGCAGCUCGUGAAAGAUAAUGCUGAUCUUCGCCUUGAAUUGCCGAAGUUGGAGAAGAAAUUGAGGACAACGACGGAGAGGGUGAAGAGCUUGGAACAGGCUCUAAGAGAAGCCAAGGAAAAUGCGAUGCGCGAUCGUAAGAAGUAUCAGACGGAAGUUGAGCGUAUCAAGGAAGCCGUCAGACAGAGGAAUCUGCUCAGGAGGGGAAUGCAGCCACAAAUCGUGAAAACGAUCCGCCCCGGCCAGGUCUACAAUCAACCGGGCACUCCUGGAGCCCCGAUUAUCCGCCCACAGGGCCAG